UAGUCUACACUCAGUCCUUGGCCUAACAAAACAUAUUCUCGACUUUUUUUCGGCUUUGUAAAACAAAAUUUGGUUAAAAAGUAAAAUAUGUUGCGAAUGUUGCGUCAGAAGUGUCGUUCCCUCGUGGAUCGGAGCAUGCCGUGUCUCGAGUCCUUGGUGAAUGCCUGUUCCCAAUUUAAGGCCGAUUGGUCCAAAGAUCUAAGCCACAUCAAGCCUUCGGCCGACUGCGCUGGCUCCAGUGUGCUCCGGCAGCACCUGGUGCGCCGCAACUACAGCAGUCAGUCGUCCGCCGACGAUUGCGGCCUGCCAAAGGAGUGCGAGCAGGAAUCAUCGACAUCCUCCUCCAAGGGCUGUGGUCCUGCUCGGUUCAAGGGCACCAUUUGCGAUGCAGCCAAGGGCGGUAAGCGCAAGAAGAAGGAGGAGCCCAAAAAGAAGUCCAACAAGCCGAAGCUGUCGGCCAGAAUGAGGUCCAUGUGGUACAUACCCGACUGCGAGUACGAGCCAAAGUGCGAUAUGCCAGUGCGGUACGACAUCCAGCACUACCGCAUCUCGGACAAGGAUGCCCGCCAGUACCAGGUGACUUGGAACGAGUGUCCCCGCAUGGUGAUCAAGCCCAAGAAGGUGUGCAUCCACUCGAAGCGCCCGCGUCCCAAGCCCUGCCGCCGUCAGAGGAAGACGGUGGUGGCCACAGCCCGUCCCUCCAUGCCCAUGCUCAAUCCCAUGGAGUGCAAGAAGCCAGAGGACUCCUCACCCUGUCCGCGCUGGACGCUGCCCUGCUGCAAGCCCGCCCGCAUUCCGCCCAGUUGCCACCGCGAACGCCGACCCACCGACUGCACCAAGCGCCCGGCGCCGUAUCCCAGCUUCUCAGAAUGCAAGCGGGAAGAGCUGACCAAAGCGCCACCCACAGAGUGCCUAUGCUUGAAGGUGCCCAUGGUCUGCGAGAUGUGGGCAGAGCUGAGGCGCAGGAUCGCCCGGGGCAAGGGGGCGGUCCUUAAGUGCGGCGAAAUGUAGGCGGCGGCGAAAGCCCAGUCAGUCGACAUCUGACCACAUUCCUACCACUUCCAACUCGAUAGUCCCAUCCAAAUUACAGUUUUCCGAAAUAGCCAUUCCAUUAUCUAAGCCCUCUCUGUCUACACUUUUCAAAUUCAAAAUGCUGUCGAAACGCUGCGGAAAUAACCUAAUGCCACUCGCCGUCCGUUUGGCCAGUUGUGCCGGCUCCAAGGGCGGCGCCUCGGACUCCAAGUCCAACUCGAGAGGUAAAGGCAAGUCCGAGCCCAGCUGCAAGCGCUCCGCAAAACGUAAGAACUGCUCCAAGGUCCCAACACCAUUCCCGAGUUACUCCGAGUGCAAACGGAAGCCGAGUGAUCCUAAACCACCCAAGGAGUGCGAUUGCUGGGACUUUGACAAGUGCUGAUCCUCGCCAAUUUCGAUAUCGGAGAUCCGGGGAUGUCUUCCGCUUACGGCCCUCCCCCAUUUUCACACCACAAGACUGAGCGCUCAAUACUCAAAAGACCGUUGGUGGCACUGGGAGCCUAGGUGUUUUGUCCAUGUAGAACCUUUGCAGUUAACCUGGGCGCCUACGUUAAGCUUUAAUCCGACGUUGAACGAAUACAGGAAUAUAGAAAGUAUUAA